AUGAUAACUAAAUUUUUCAUAUUUUUUUUAACUGUUAUUACUUCAAUAAUAUUUUAUCGAUUUUUAAUUAAUUAUGGAGAUUUAAAUGUACGGGAUUAUCAUUUACAACCACCUCCCUCAUUAACUGGUAUUUUGGAAGAAAAUAAUUUACUUUCUGGAGGUGAUUGGCUUUUAAAAGGACAACUUCUUGGACCAGAGUCAAUUGUUAUUGAUGAUGAUAUUAUAUAUACAGGAACUCUUGAUGGAAAAAUUGUUAAAAUAAGAAAUGGCAUUAUUGAAGAUGAAAUAAAAAUAAAUAAAUUAGCAAAAAAUUGUAAUGGUGAAAAUGUUUAUGAAUGUGGAAGACCACUUGGUAUAAGAAAAUUAAAUAAAGAUGAAUUGAUAACAGUUGAUCCAGUAAAUGGAGUAUAUAUAGUUAAUUUUAAUAAAAAAACAUUAAAAUUAGUAUUUGAUAUUAAUAAAAAAAUUAAUAACAAAAAAGCUACACUUCUUGAUGAUUUAACUAUAUAUAAUGAAAAAGAAAUAUUUGUUACUGAUGCAUCUACAAAAUAUGGAUACAAUGAUUUUCAUAAAGUUAUAUUUGAACAUCAACCACGUGGAAGAGUAUUAAAAAUAAAUAUUGAGACAGGAGAAGGAACAGAAGUAACAACAGGAUAUUAUUUUCCAAAUGGUAUUCAAAUGCAUCCUGAUGGUGAUUCAUUUGUUGUAUGUGACUUUACAUCAGCAAAUAUUUGGAGGUAUUAUGUAAAUGGCCCAAAAAAAAAUGAAGCAAAAUUAUUUAUUGAUAAUUUACCUGGUAUGCCAGAUAAUAUUAGAUUAUCAAAAUCUGGAAAAUCAUUUUAUGUUGCUUUAGGAGCUAAACGUAGUCAAGAAAAACCAUCAAUAUUUGAUUUCCUUAAUAAUGGAUUUUUAGCAAGAAGUAUUAGAAGUAUUUUAGCAUCAAAUAUUCCACCAUGGGUAUUUGUUAAAAUUGAAAGUGUACUUCCUCAUCCUGGUACAUUGUUUCUUGAAUUAGAUCUCAAUGGAAAUAUUAUUAAAAGUUAUCAUGAUAAUAAUGGUCUUACUCUUCCAAGGAUUACUGAAGUAGCAGAAGAUGACAAAUAUUUUUAUUUUGGGUCUUUUAUUGAUGAUUAUCUUGUUCGUAUACCAAAAAGAGAAUCUCCAAUUGAAUAA